CCUUUCCAGGGCAUCUGGUGGACGUGAGCGGCACCGGGACCCUGUCCCAGAGCUACCAGUAUGAGGUGUGUCUGUCGGGAGGUUCCGGGACAAAUGAGUUCAAGUUCCUGAAGCCGAUUAUCCCUAACUUCCUUGCUCAGGGUGCAGAGAGGGUUAGCGAGGCAAACCCCAGUUUCAGGAACAGCUUUGAAUUUAGUUAAGUGUUAAUAAGGAUCUGCUGAGGCUAGUCUCAUUUAAUUUGUGAAAUGCCCUUUUUUACUGCUUUGCCCAUUGGAAAUGUGUCCUUUUAUUAGAAAGUAACUAUCCUAUUCCAAUUCUAUGCAUGUUACUGGUAUUUACAAACAUAUGAGUUUUUUGCGGUAUAAUGAAUGUAAAUUUUCUUUGUAUUCUAAUUUUUGAUUCUUUUCAUUGCAAUUUAAUUCCAUUUAAGGUGUAAAAGUAAAUUUUAUAUUUUCAGAAAUCUUUGAUUUUUAAGUUAGAGCCUCUUUUCCAGACCUCAUAGUCCAUGGUUCUAGAUAAUUUUGAAGUCCUACAUUUAAAAAUAUUUGUUAUCAUUACAUGAGUUAUAUUUUCCAGCCCAGUAUAUUUGUGUUUUUUAUAUCCUCUUAGGCAAGUGUAAAUUCUACCCUGUGAAUUCGCAUUGGUUAAACCUCUAAAUAGGUAUAUUUAUGAAUAAUAUAGCAAGCACCAUCCUUAUGUUUUUCAAUAUAUGUACUUCUUUAAAGUGUUGACAUAUGAAAAUUAUUAGUCUUUAGAGAUUUUAAGAAUGUUAGCUGUUGGAUUCUACAAGGCAUUUACAUUAUAAGUGCUCUAAUAAAUUUUUGUCAAAAAUCACUCAGUAUUCUAAAAUGUAGAUAAAUGAUACAUGUCUAGCAGUUUUCAAAGGCAUGCUAAUUUAUCAUGCUUUCUCUUUCAAAUAGUUUUUAAAGAGUACUCUGCUUAUUCCAGUCCCCCCUUUAAAAUCUUUUAAAAUUAUGAAUAACCUAUUAACUCUGAGCAUUUCAUUAAAAUUCAAAAAAUGUAAAGGAAUCUAUGUCUUUGUCAUUGAUCAACUUUUAGAAACUUCAAAUAUAGCUUGGUAUGGCUGUUUUUUAAAACAUUUUCUGGAGCAUUUAGGAUUCACUUAGAGAAAAGUGUUUAGGGAGAAAAAUGUAUCCAGCACCACUCAGUAUAUUUUUUGCACUGACUACUUCUGUUUUUCCCCCUUUCAUUUCCCUAGACUUUCCAAUGCUUUUUAAUAAAGGUGCUUGAGUUAUGUUUCCCAACAGCUCCUCCUUUAUUGUGUGAUUCACACAAUCACCAGAACAUUAUAGAUUCUUAAGAAAAUGUUUGAAUGAUUGAAAGAAAGAAAAGUAUUUUACCUGUGAUAUAUUGAUAUUUAAAGAAACUAAAAUACUUAAAACAUUUUGCUGGAAUCAAAUACUCCUUGGUGUACAAUGAGCUAUAGUUUUAUUAUUAAUUGAAUUUGUCACCAUUAUUCAAACAUGCAGUUAUCAUUCUAGUGUCACUUUCCUUCAACAUGUUUUUCCUUUUUCUCUUACUGCUUAAAUUGAGACUCCUCUCCUGUCCACUGGCUUAAGGAAUACAGAUGGAGAAAUUGUAGUUUUUGAUUUUAUUACUUUAAUUUCCUUCCAUAGUUUUCUAAAUGACUCACCCAACUGUUUUCAUUUCUUGCAGUUUACUUUCUGAUCCACAUAUCAAAACAAAUUUUAAUUCUUAAUGUUACUCAGUCUAUCUUACAUUUUUCUAUUAUUUUUAUAUACAUUUGAAUGAAUUAUCCUAUUAAAAUUAUAAUAUUAAUUUUGAAGUUCUCAUUUUGAGAUUAGCAGUUGUGUAGAGCAUAUGUUGGUAUCAAAGGUCUCUGAUCAAUGAACUCAUUACCUUUAGGAUUUUGGAUAAGUCACAAAAUUUCUCUUCUUCUACGCCAAAUGAUAGCGGGUAUUUGAAUAACUUGCAGUUAUACUCAAUAUAAAGACAUAAAAGUGAAAUUGCUGUUAUUUUUAGUAUCACUAGUGUUAAGAGCAAACAUUCAACAUUCUUGAUAAAUGUGUAGAAGUACAAAAGAGGCUACAUUAAACACAUAUUUGCACUGUUUUAUUUCUCUACCUACAACCUUGCAAUGGCUUCCUUUUGUUCUUAGAAUAAAAUCCAAGCACCCAUUAUUUGACCCUGGCUUACUUUUCAGCCUUCCCUUUCCACUUAAUCUUGGGACAUUAAGUUUUGUAUUUACUGUCCUUCUUUCAUUAUCUCUAAUAACUAUGCUUUACUCUUUCAGGGCCUUCACACAUUCUACAGUCUUAGCCUGGCACACUUUUCCUAUAUCAUGUUUCAGAUUAAAUGGUACACGUUGGGGGAAACUAUCUUAAUCCCUCUCCAUGAAGUUAGGUCCCUGUAUUGCAUACGUUCCGUGAAAUCAGUACCUUUUCUAUGUAGCACUUUUCGCAAUGUUUAAACAUGUUUAAAGACUGUACACCCACUAGAUGGAGAACUGUUGUAAGAUAUACAGACAUUGUCUGUCUUGUUACCACUACUUGCCUAACUUCUACAAACUCAACAAUUAUCUGUGGAAAUAAUACAGAUGAAACGAAUAAUUGUAAAUUUGCUCUGAAAUAAGAAGAGAAAGCACUCUAAGUGUUCCCUGAGUGUGAUGACGUGGAAGAAAUUAGGCAUUUGUAGCCCUCUGGAUCUACCCCUGACAUGAUAUAUUUUCUUUUUUACUACCUUGCAGGAGGUGUCUUUUCCUUGUAUUUUUCUGGUGUAUGCAAUUCGUGCUCAUUUCACAAAGUUUAGGGAAAAAAAGACAAACAUAAAUGGGAUAGUGAAGCAUGCUAUCAUUUAGAGCAAAAUCUUUUUAAGUUUGUGUGUAAUUAUUACAGAAGAGGAGGGGUAGUCUACUAUGUGUACACUUCUGAAAAAUCAUGUAAAUGAGGACUCUACCAAGAACAAUCACUGCUUUUAGAUAAGAGCGCAUUUUAUUUCCCUAGAUAGCAUUUAUUUAAUUCAUAUAACAUGAGAUACUCCUCCAGUAGCGUCAACUAGGAUUGAUAAGAAUAAACAGUAAAACAAAACAGAAACACCUUCUCCAAGAUUUUGAAACUGCAAGCGAACGCAUGGUGGCGCUGUUGACUAAGAAGGCGAAUUAAACCACAGGCAUUGUGAUUCUCGGUGACGCACGGAUCCACUGUGGUAAACCAGGGGUUAUGAGCCCAGGCAGAUUUUUGAGCAAGCAAAUGUGAGCCUCUGGAAAGUCUUAUUCGCUAGGCCGUCUGCAAAGGUUGUGGGGCAAAAUACUAUUUCCCAGCCCUGUCUGAGGUUCAGCUUGGUGACAUUCCCUGGAAGAACGUGACAGAAAGAAAGUGCAAUGGAGGCUGGAGGAGAGCGAUUUCUUAGACAAAGGCAAGUCCUGCUUCUCUUUGUUUUUCUGGGUGGGUCUCUGGCUGGGUCCGCGUCAAGACGCUAUUCGGUGGCUGAGGAAAAAGAGAAGGGCUUUUUAAUAGCCAACCUAGCAAAGGAUCUGGGGCUAAGGGUAGAGGAACUGGCCGCGAGGGGGGCUCAAGUUGUAUCCAAAGGCAACAAACAGCAUUUUCAGCUCAGUCAUCAGACAGGUGAUUUGCUACUGAAUGAGAAAUUGGACAGGGAGGAGAUUUGCGGCCCCACAGAACCAUGCAUACUGCAUUUUCAGAUAUUACUGCAAAACCCUUUGCAGUUUGUUACAAACGAGCUCCAUAUCAUAGAUGUAAAUGAUCAUUCUCCGGUAUUCUUUGAAAAUGAAAUGCAUCUGAAAAUCCUAGAAAGCACUCUACCAGGAACAGUAAUUCCUUUGGGAAAUGCCGAGGACUUGGAUGUGGGAAGAAACAGCCUUCAAAACUACACUAUCUUUCCAAAUUCCCACUUCCACGUACUCACUCGCAGUCGUAGGGACGGAAGGAAGUACCCAGAACUAGUACUGGACAAAGCGCUGGAUCGGGAGGAGCAGCCGGAACUCAGCUUAACGCUUACCGCGCUGGACGGCGGCGCUCCGCCUCGGUCUGGAACAGCCCAGAUCAACAUCCAGGUCUUAGACAUAAACGACAAUGCACCAGAAUUUGCACUGCCUCUCUAUGAGGUUACAGUUCUAGAGAAUACCCCCGUUAACUCUGUCAUUGUCACUGUUUCGGCUUCUGACUUAGAUACGGGAAGUUUUGGGACAAUAUCAUACGCAUUUUUUCAUGCUUCUGAAGAAAUUCGCAAAACUUUUCACCUAAAUCCAAUAACUGGUGAUAUGCAACUAGUCAAAUAUUUGAAUUUUGAAGCGAUUAAUAGUUAUGAAGUCGACAUUGAGGCCAAGGAUGGCGGAGGCCUAUCUGGAAAGUCUACAGUCGUAGUCCAGGUGGUGGAUGUCAAUGACAACCCACCAGAACUGACCUUGUCGUCAGUAAACAGCCCUGUCCCCGAGAAUUCAGCAGAGACUGUACUGGCUGUUUUCAGUGUUUCUGACCUAGACUCUGGAGACAACGGAAGAGUGAGGUGUUCCAUUGAGAACAAUCUCCCUUUCGUCCUGAAACCAUCUGUUGAGAACUUUUACACCCUAGUGUCAGAAGGAGCGUUGGACAGAGAGACCAGAUCCGAGUACAACGUCACCAUCACCGUCACAGACUUGGGGACACCCAGGCUGAAAACCGAGUACAACAUAACCAUUCUGGUCUCGGACAUUAACGACAACGCCCCCGCCUUCACCCAGACCUCCUACACCCUCUUCGUCCGCGAGAACAACAGCCCC